UAUUGUGUUUCAAAAAACAAAGAGAAGGGACUUGGAAGAACGAGUAAAAUGUCUAAAAAUGUCUUUCUUGAUCAAUAUUUAUUGUGAUUAAUUUAUUAGUUUCUUUCUUAAUUUAAAUUCAUCUUUAGAGAUAUUUACAUCAUCAACUUCACGAGCGAAAUUAACAUGGAUCCUAUUACUUUGAUUAGAACUCAAGCUGAUAACUUUGAGAAUUUUGGCAAGAAGAUAAUGGACAUGCUGAGUCCUAACAUCAAGGAAAAACAUGGAGGUACCAUUAAUCAGCGUUUAGAAGAGGUUCAGAUUGUUUUCAAAACAAUUGAGCAGCUCAUUUCAUCAUGUGAUCAUCCUAAUCAAAAAAAUGUAAGUACCAAAACGACGCUAGUUGGAUCUUCUAAUGGCUCCAUCAAUGAGGCUAGCUUUGAAGAAAGUGAUGACGAGGUUGUCCAACUGUUACUCUCGAUGAAAAAAAAUGUUUUCAACUGUAAAUGUGGUGAAUAUCUUAAUUCAAUCACUGACUGGGAUGAGCAUCAAAAGAUAUGUCCAUGUUCAUCGGAAAAAAAUAUCGGAAAGCAAUGUCCACUUUGCAAGAAAACAUUUUUAUCGUGUGUUGCUCUCAAUAUUCACUGCACAAAGAAGCAUAAUAAGAAGAAAAUGCGAACAGAUUCAGUUAUGCACUGUCCAUGUGGUCAAACUUUUACUGCAAAAUGGAGGCAAAACUGCGUACAUAAACUGAACAGCCAUGGGCGUGAUUGCAAAGCCUUCAAGGUGAAAGAGAUUCAAUGUGAUAUUUGUAAAAAAGGUUUCAUCGAAAGGAAAAGCCUCGAAUAUCAUGGACUCAAAGCUCAUGGAUUGGCAGUACCGGUCAAUAGUUAAUCAUCUACAUUUAAUUUAAGGGGCGAGUAAGUUGGAUGAAUAAUUGUGUGUGAGCUCGCGACGCGAGAUAAUCUUUAUUCCCCAUUUAAGGUAGUGAAAUUUUCAGUUCGACGAAGUUACUCUUAUUUUAAUCCACAAAAAAGCAAAAUAUUUCAGCUAUAGUUCAAAUGAUACAUCUUUAAUAACAUAACCACGCUGAUUAGAUCAUGACAUUGUUGCCGUAGUCUUUGAUGUUCGAGAACGUUCGGUUUUACCAUGACAAUUGAGUAGAGGAAAUUGUUGGACUAUUCAAUUUUAUUUCUUCCACCAUACUCUCCUUCCCUGGAUCCUCAUUUAAAAUAUGUUCAAUCGGCUAAAAAAUUAAAUCAAACGACUACGACUAAAAAAA